AUGUCACCGCCGACUGGAGCUCGUCUGGCGUACGUGAUUCUAUACGUGGAAGACAUCGACGCAGCGGUGAAGUUCUACAAGGACGUGUUCAUGUUCGAUGUGAGGCGCCUGGACAACAGCAGAAGAUGGGCUGAAUUGGAUACUGGGUCAACAACUCUGGCGUUUACCCCGUUGGAGCAAAGGGAAACGAAGAUUACCGGUGGCGUGCAUGUGCCUGAGGAGCAGGAGCAGCGGCAGAACGUGGAAAUCAGCAUUAGUGUUUUCGACGUUCAAGAUACUCAUGAGAGAGCCCUGAAGGCGGGUGCAAAGGAGGUUGCCAAACCAGAGCCCAAGGAGUGGGGCCAGACUGUGGGGUAUCUUCGUGAUCCCUUUGGCAUCACUGUUCGUCUUGGCUCACACUUAUCCUCUUCAUAA